AUGAAAACUUGUGGAAAAAAGAGACUGCAUAUCAGCAAGAUCUACUCAUUCAAACGUGGGAAAGGAACAUUAAAAGAUGAUCAUACAAGAAUUGGUGGACCAGGUUUCUCAAGAGUAGUGUAUGUUAAUGAACCAGAUCGAGUGGAGUCAAGUCUUAGGUAUUAUGCAAAUAAUUAUGUUAGGACAACUAAGUAUACUGCUGCAACUUUCCUGCCCAAAUCUCUGUUUGAGCAGUUUAGGAGAGUGGCUAAUUUUUUCUUCCUUGUAACUGGCAUCUUAUCCUUCACAUCACUUGCACCUUAUUCUGCUGUAAGUGCCAUUAUUCCUCUAAUUAUUGUUAUUGGGGCUACUAUGGUGAAAGAAGGUAUAGAAGAUUGGCGGCGAAAUCAACAGGAUAUUGAGGUGAAUAAUAGAAAGGUCAAGGUGCAUCAGGGUGGUGGAGUUUUCGAACAUACUGAAUGGAAAAAUCUAAGAGUCGGUAGCAUUGUUAAGGUGGAGAAGGAUGAAUUUUUUCCGGCAGAUUUAGUUUUGCUUUCAUCUAAUUAUGAAGAUGCUGUCUGCUAUGUUGAGACGAUGAACCUUGAUGGGGAAACGAAUUUGAAACUCAAACAAGCACUAGAAGUAACUUCAUCCUUAAACGAAGAUGAGGGUCUUAAAGAUUUUCAGGCUAUUAUUAAAUGUGAAGAUCCUAAUGCCAAUUUGUACAGUUUUGUUGGAAGUAUGGAACUCGAAGAACAGCAACAUUCUCUUUCUCCUCAACAACUGCUACUUCGAGACUCUAAACUGCGGAACACGGGCUACAUAUAUGGAGUUGUUAUCUUCACAGGUCAUGACACGAAGGUUAUUCAGAAUUCUACAGAUCCUCCGUCCAAGAGAAGCAAAAUUGAGAAGAAAAUGGAUAAGAUUAUCUACUUCUUAUUUGGUGUUCUGUUCGUGAUGGCUUUCGUUGGAUCAGUUUACUUUGGUAUUGUAACCAAAGAUGACUUAGAAGGUGGACAUAAAAGGUGGUAUCUUAGACCGGAAGAGGCUGAUAUAUUCUUUGAUCCAGAUCGAGCGCCAAUUGCAGCAAUAUAUCACUUUCUGACAGCCUUGUUGCUAUACAGCUACUUGAUUCCAAUAUCUUUGUAUGUAUCAAUAGAAAUUGUUAAAGUUCUUCAGAGCAUCUUUAUCAAUCAAGAUGUUCAUAUGUACUAUGAGGAAACUGACAAACCCGCACAUGCCCGCACCUCGAAUUUGAAUGAGGAACUUGGCCAAGUUGAUACGGUUCUUUCUGACAAAACGGGCACAUUGACUUGCAACUCAAUGGAGUUUAUUAAGUGCUCUGUGGCUGGCAUUCCUUAUGGAUAUGGUUUCACAGAAGUUGAAAGGGCUAUGGCUAAAAGAACAGGGUCUCCACUGUUGGUAAAUGGAGAAGAAUAUGUUGAGGAUCCAGAUGAUAAAAAUAAAAAGUCAUCGAUCAAAGGUUUCAAUUUUGAUGAUGAAAGGAUCAUGAAUGGGAACUGGGUAAAUGAGCCCCGUUCAGACAUCAUUCAGAAGUUCUUUCGCUUACUGGCAGUCUGUCAUACAGCCAUACCUGAUGUGGAUGAAGACACGAGUAAAGUCAUAUAUGAAGCUGAGUCACCCGAUGAGGCUGCUUUUGUUAUUGCAGCAAGAGAAGUUGGCUUUGAAUUCUUCAAAAGAACUCAAACAAGUGUUUCAGUGAAUGAAUUGGAUCCUAUGUCAGGCAAAAGAGUUGAAAGGACGUACAAACUGUUGAAUGUUUUAGAGUUCAACAGUACAAGAAAGCGAAUGUCUGUGAUAGUAAGAGAUGAGGAUGGAAAGCUUUUAUUGCUUAGCAAAGGUGCUGACAGUGUCAUGUUUGAGAGGCUUUCAAAGAAUGGAAGGGAAUAUGAAGUGGAAACCAGAGAACAUAUACUUCAGUAUGCUGAUGCAGGCUUGAGGACCUUGAUACUUGCUUAUCGGGAACUUAGUGAAGAAGAAUAUGAGGUAUUCAAUCAAAAAUUUUCAGAGGCCAAAAACUCUGUUAGUGCAGAUCGUGAGGCGUUGAUUGAUGAAACGACAGAAGAAGUGGAAAAAGAUUUGAUUCUUCUUGGUGCGACAGCUGUUGAGGACAAACUCCAACAGGGGGUUCCUGAAUGCAUUGACAAGCUUGCACAGGCAGGAAUUAAAAUAUGGGUUUUGACUGGAGAUAAGAUGGAAACCGCUAUUAAUAUUGGCUAUGCCUGUAGCUUACUCAGACAAGGAAUGAAACAGAUUAUCAUAAACUUAGAGACCCCAGAGAUAAUUGCACUGGAGAAAACGGGAGAAAAAGAUGCAAUUGCCAAGGCUUUGAAGAAAUGUGUUCUCCGGCAGAUCACUGAAGGGAAGGCUGAGGUUUCUACAGAAAGCUCUGAGGCAUUUGCCUUGAUCAUUGAUGGGAAAUCUCUUGCAUAUGCGUUAGAAGAAGACAUCAAAAAUUUAUUUCUUGAACUAGCCAUUGGCUGUGCAUCUGUAAUAUGCUGCCGUUCAUCACCAAAACAGAAGGCAUUGGUAACAAGACUAGUUAAAGAAGGAACUCAGAAGACAACUUUGGCAAUUGGUGAUGGAGCGAAUGAUGUAGGAAUGCUUCAAGAAGCAGACAUUGGAAUUGGAAUAAGUGGUGUCGAGGGAAUGCAGGCAGUCAUGUCGAGUGAUAUUGCAAUUGCUCAGUUCAGAUUUUUGGAGCGCUUACUGUUGGUUCAUGGACAUUGGUGUUAUAGAAGGAUAUCGUCAAUGAUAUGUUACUUCUUCUACAAGAAUGUCACAUUUGGUUUCACGGUUUUUCUGUACGAGGCAUAUUCAUCAUUCUCGGGACAACCUGCUUACAAUGACUGGUUUUUGUCCCUUUACAACGUGUUCUUCACAUCACUACCAGUAAUUGCUAUGGGGGUUUUUGACCAGGAUGUGUCUGCCAGAUUUUGUCUAAAGUUUCCCUUGUUGUACCAAGAAGGUGUGCAAAAUGUCCUGUUCAGCUGGCGGCGUUUAAUUGGAUGGAUGAUUAAUGGGCUUUGUAGUGCCAUAAUCAUCUUUUUCUUCUGCAAAAGAGCACUAAAUCCGCAGGCCUUCAAUAAGGAUGGAAGAAUUGCAGAGUUCCAAAUUUUUGGGGCUACCAUGUACACCUGUGUCGUCUGGGUUGUAAACUGCCAGAUGGCGCUCGCCAUCAGUUACUUCACCUUAAUCCAGCAUAUCGUUAUCUGGGGUGGAAUUGCUCUUUGGUAUCUUUUCCUCUUAGCCUACGGGGCUAUGCCUCCAAGCAUUUCCACAACUGCAUACAAAGUCUUCGUUGAAUCUCUAGCCCCGACACCUUCUUUCUAUAUAGUCACACUCUUUGUGGUUAUCUCGACCCUGAUACCGUAUUUUGUAGUCAACGCAAUUCAGAUGAGAUUCUUCCCAAUGUACCACGGGAUGAUACAGUGGAUAAGAUAUGAGGGUCGGGCAGAUGACCCUGAAUACUGCUAUGUGGUGAGGCAAAGAUCUAUACGACCCAUAACUGUGGGAUUUACUGCUCGUUCAUUGGCACGGACAAAUCCAUUGAAUUCAUCAGCACGAACAAAUCCAUCAAAUGAUCGAAAUCUGGAUCACAGAUAA